CUGGAGAAUGGCCACCACUGCCCCAUAAACAAAAUGCCUUCCACAAACACAACUGCCCCUCCUCAGCUUCCUGUUGAGCUCUCCGAGCAGAUCAUUCUUACUCUUUGGUCUUCAUCGCUCUCACUGUCCGAACGAGCCACCCUUAUCAAAUCCUCUUUGCUCGUCUCACGCACCUGGAACGCUAUUUUUACUCGGGUGUCUUCAAUGGACGUUCACAUUCUCAGUUCCUCUCACGGCUUGCAAUUCGUCGAUGUCCUCCUCGGCAAUGCUGGAAUUUACCGACUCCAAAUGCUUGACCAUCUCUGUCAAUCUAUAACCAUCCAACACGCAAACAAAUCACUUCUCCCCGGACCUGAAAAUGAAAGGGAACAACCUCUCGGCAUGGUCAUUCAAGCCAUUUUGAACGGCAUCUUCAUGUCCCCCGAGCGCCUACCCUCCCUCCGUCGUGUCUCUUUUCAGCUCCAAAAUUAUCUCAUGGAGACUAUUUUUACGCGCAACAAGUUCCUGUACCUCGCGCAUCAAGUGGAGGAGCUAGAGUUCAACUUCACCUACAGCGACGACACCGAUCCCUUGGUGGUUCAGGCUAUCAAAAGCAGGUCUUUCGAGUCCUUUGACAUUCCAGCCGAUUCGAUGUUACACAUCCGAAAACUCACAGUCCUUGGGACAUCGAUGGGGGUUGCGAAGGAGUUGUCCGCGGCCUGUGGAGGCCUUGAAAAUCUCCAAAUCUUUGAGCAAGAUGCAUGGAGAGAAGUGAAAGCUACUAUCUCCGAAACGCCCGCUGUGGCAUCUGCAUACGUUGUUGCAGACGACGAAUCCGAUAGUGAACAUGAGUCUGAAGAUGAUGGAGAGGAUACAUUCUACGACUGCAGCGACACUGAAGAACGGAGUUGGUUGACAUAUGAAGAAGUGUUGAAGAGUUCUUUUACGAGGGAGGAACUGACAGGGAUGUUGAGCGCUUUUCAGAGGCAGCUUGAAGUUUGAUAUUAUCUGACUUGAAUGAUACUGUAUACCCGAGCACGACCUAUAGUUUGAUGAAUUCGUUGAUUUUGGGC